AUGGCCGGCCGCGAACUGCUCCAGGUCUUGCUCCCCGGCAACGCCGCUAUCCUCUCGGCGUCUAUACCCUCGUCGGCCUCCACCUCGGUCCAGGACCUCAUCGUUGCACUGCUCACCGACCGCACCAACACACACUCCCUCACAGCUGCCUUUGGCUCGCACUUCCAGCCAUGGCCGUCUGCCAAUUCCAACGACUUUGAAAGCUCAGAGAAAUGGCUCAUCGAUCAUAACGGCCAGCUCUGGGGCAUCCAGGCCGUACAAGCCGCACCGCCAAACUACGAGUGGAGCGAGCCAGAACUCAGAGCCAUCGACGACGGCAUCAUUCCACUACACACGGGCGUGUUCGCAUUCCUCCGCAGCCUCGUCGAUGCGCCAAAACCGGCCGAAGACAGGGAUGUCCAGCCUCCUCCGCCCGACUUGUCGUCGCCCACCGCUUUCUCCGACUUCUUGCUAUCCUCGCACCUCCAUACACCUCGCCUUCGUCUGGUCUGUGGCGCAUCAGGACUCCGAGUCCGCCUCCGCUUUGGCCAUGUGCCCGAGAUCUACGACGGCUGGGAUCAGCGCUCGUGGUUCCUGCCUGCCGACCCAACUUCGCCCGGUGCCACUGGCGUAGGCUCCACCGCCGUAGAGCUCGUCGAGGCUGUCUGCGAGGAGCUCGGUAUCCGAAGGGUCGUGCUUCAGGGUAGCAAGUCGGCCCGCGUCGUCUAUGCUCUGGCUCCUCUACCUUCAACACCAGCCUCGGCUCCAGCUCCUAUGCCGCCGCCAGCACCUCUGCCAGAUACAACGUCCCUGCCCAACUAUCUGGCGGGAUCCAGCACCUCGGACGCUGCGCUCAUGUUCACCAUCAGCGCCAGCUGGCUCUCCAAGCUCGGCACCGUCGCUCAAGGCUUUUCCAAGCAUGCCCGUCGCCAAGGAUCUAACGGCGUACCCGCUGCCGUUCCCACGCCUGACCGCAGCCAGCCCGCUUUGUCCACUUCGCCAACCAAGCAGGCCAGCGCAAAAUCAGGUAUGCUCGGCCUGUGGGGAUCGGCGAGUGUGAGCAAGGCGACCGCCGCGCUACUGCCAGCCACGUUCUCCACCCGAUCCAGAAGCGCUUCGCAGGCAUCCCAAUCCACUGGCGAUGCAGAGCUCGACGCUCUCUCGGUAAAGCUCGCCUCAACACGCUUGCCAGACGACCAAGACGACGAGGAUGACGACGCAGCGGGAGGCACGCUCAAGGGUAGCAAACCCUCAACUCCUGCCGACCGAAGUGCCAAACUUCCUGGCCCAGAAGCACACUCCACACCGCAAGAUGACGAGAACGAAUCCACCAUCAAUAUUCCAAAGGGCCGCAGGCACCAGCCGCCUUCCGCCACGGCACGACUCAGUCGCAUGUUCGAAGGAUGGAUCGGCGGCGGCGCCGAGACCGCUUCACCCUCAUCACCCAAGGCUGGCGAUGAAGCUGCAGCCAUGCCCGAGACGCCUCCGAACCAGCCCGUGCGUCGGGAACCGGGCACUGUCGGGAGAAGCGGCAAGACGUUCAGCGUCAGCGGUCCUCUGGAGCUCGAGAGCGACACCAGCACCGUGUCUCCAUCACCUUCGCUUGGAUCUCUCAAUCAGCUUUCGCCAGCCCACGCCGCGCUCGACGAUCCAGACGAGCUCGAGAAACGAUUCGAAAAGCUCAUGCAGGAUCUCGGCAUCAAAGGGACAAGCCGCUCCGCCAUGUUGGCGCUUCCAAACGAUCGCAAGCGCUUCUUGAUCAGCCAGAAUGAAGCUGCCAAGACCUCGACACCUUCGAAACCUCGAGCCUCUCUGGGACAGCAGGGCGACAAACCAGUGUCCCCCACUCUGGGUACCGACACCAUGGGUCGUAACUCGAUCAUCCCUGCUGGCUGGUCCAACCGCUUCAGCAUUUCUAGCAUCGCCACAUGGGCGACCAGCGACACUCACGGCUCAGGCUCGGGCUCGCACAAAGACUUUGACGGUCCGUCCAGCCCGCGUGCGAGCGUUUCUGGCGAUGCCUCCAGCCGAGGCAGCGAAAGCACUCGUCCCACCACGGUGCUGUCUGACACCGGCUCGCUUGGUUCGCUCGACUCCAAGGCGCUCAAUGGCGGCGAGCACACGAUCAAAGCGAACCACACCGGCAGCAGCGCUGGUGUCACCGCGAGCUUGUGGAAUAAUUGGUGGGGAGGCGGAAGCACCAUCUCGGCCGCGGGCGGACACGACCAACUCGGCUCAUCGGAUGAGCGACAGGUGGCGAUGAACCAUGUCACGCGCCUCAAGGACAGCAAGCCCAGCCGAAAGGAUCUCUUCAAGCAUCUGCUCUCGCUGCGUGUGACGCUCAGUAGCGCAAAGCUCUCCUGGAUCGAUAGCUUCCUGCACUGCGACGGUCUCGGUGCGCUCGAACACAUCAUGCAGCAAGAGACCGACGGGAUCGUCAAAGGUCUCGACAUCAACCGAGCCAAGAGCGCUGAGCGGAAGGACAUGUCGGACGCCAUCCUCCUCGAAGCAGUCAAGUGCCUCCGCACGCUCAUGAACAUCGAGCUUGGAUUCGAGAGGGUGCUGGAGCAGCCCAAUCUGGUCAACUACAUUGCAUUCGCGUUGCGCUCUCCAUCGUACAAGCUGCGUCUCCAGGUCGCCGACGUGCUGGCAGCCCUCUGUGUCCUCUCCCUCGAAGAUGGCCAUCGCAUGGUUUGUGGAGCGCUGUCGGAGCUCAAAGUGGUCUCGGGAGAACGAUACCGCUUUGCCUUCCUCGUGGAGGACCUCAAGCUUCACGCUUCCAGCGACGGACUCGAGGGCGCAGAUCUUGACGACUCGGACGCGAGCGAGGCGAUCGAAUGGGAGUACAAGGCGGCCGCCAUGGUGCUCGUCAAUGCCAUCACCAACAGUCCCGAGGACCUGGAAGAAAGAAUCUCGCUUCGUGACGAGUUCGCGCGUCGCGGCCUCAAUGAAGUGCUCGUGUCCCUCCGAUACGUCGAUCCGCCAGAGAAUCUCGCCACACAGAUCCAGGUCUACGUUGAGGAGAAGCAGGAGGACCAAGACGAGCUGCACGACCGCGCGCUGCAUCUGUCCGACCGCGAGCGCGAGCGCGAUCGUGAAGCAAUCUCGCACCUCGGCGAAGCCGGCGAGAUCCUCCGCCGGUCGCAGAACGACCACGAGGACCUAUAUCCGAUCAUGAUCUCGAUCCUGCGCCACACGUCCAACAUCCUCGACCGCGACAUCGACCAUCAAUUCAAGACCGACCUCCUCUUUGUCGUCGACAAGUACGUCGAGUCUUCCGCGGACGUCGCCGACUUUGAUGAAGGAUGGCGCAGCUUCAUGCGCGCGUACCUCGCCAACAUUCAGCACCUGGUGGGCAAACAAGCCAUGAUCAAGGCCAACCGCAUGAGCGACACCAGCACAGUGCCCAGCAGCUUCAUCGAGGAGCUGGAGGGUCUGCGAGCCAAGGUGGAGGAACUCAGCGACGACAAGGCCAAGCUGAGGACCAAGCUCAACGAACAGACCGCCGAGGUCAUCACGCUGAGGAGCCUGCCGGGUGCCGCUGCACUUCGGAGGGAGUCACCCGACACUGAGAAUGGUCCCGCAGGCACGCCCUCCACUCUUCCCAAGCGCGGCGACAAGGAGAACUUUGCCGGUGUCAUCCAGCGUUUGGUGGCCAAGGAGAAGCAGGUGAUCGAGCUGCAGGAGGAGUUGGAUCGGCUCUCGUCUGCGGCACGUCCCAACGAUCGCUCCGAUGGCGACGACAGGGCCAAGAAGGAUCGCCUCGAGCGCAACCGACAGUGGACCAACCUCAUGGACGAGAUCGCUCGUCACAAGGAACAACUCGCCGGCGCCGAGGCGAAUGUCGAGGCGAAAGAGCGCGAGAUCAAGUACCUGAAGCGCGCUCUCGAAGCCGUGUACGGUCGAUUCCAGAACGGCCUAGCGCAGGCUCAGGAAGAGGCCGAGGCCAAGGACAAGGAGCAGGAGUCGUCCAAAUCAGGUUCUUCAGCAGCCAACUCCGAGAUGGAAGCCGACAUGAUGGCACGCCGCACGAUCGAGGCGCUGAGCAAGAAGGACGCAGAGAUCUCGGAGCUCCGAGCUGACGUCGCCAAGCUGCAGGAGAAGGCGCUCAAGUCGAUCGAGGCGACCGCUUCGCAAGACCAGACCGAGGCUCUGCGGACCCAGCUCGAGGAGAAGGACAAGCAGAUCACCAAGCUCAGGAGCGAGAUGGCCAAGCUGCAGGCCCUGCUGCUCCAGCUCCAGAUCCAGCCGGCUGCCGCGGAUGGAGCCGGAGCUGGCUUGGCCCGUGCUGCCACCGUUCAUCGCCAAGCGCCGAGACCGCCUGGUGCUCCAGCUCCUCCCGCCGCGGCUGCAGGUCACCGUACGGCACCGCUUCCCCCGGCUCAGCCUGGCAUGUCCUCCGCCAAUGCAGUCGCACCAACACCCAAUGGCGAGAGCAUCGUCAAUGGAGGUGAAAGUCCAGGCUCCGCGGAUGUGUCGCCACCCCCUCCACCACCGCCAGCUCCUCCAGCACCGCCAGCUGUUCCGAGCUUCUCGGCAGGAGUGGGAAGCCCACCACCACCACCACCUCCUCCGCCCCCUCCAGCUCCGCCUGCGCCGGGCAUGCACGCUGCCCCAAGCUUCGGAGGCUCGAUGCCCGGGCCGCCACCACCGCCUCCUCCGCCACCGCCUGGUCCUCCCGGUGCGAGCAUGGGCGCGCUUGGAGGCGGAGCACCACCACCGCCGCCGCCUCCUCCUCCAGGCGGCGCCGCUGGUGCGCCUCCUCCUCCUCCGCCGCCUCCCGCUGGGCUCGUCCCACCGCCACCACCGGGAAUGCUGGGAGCACCCAAGCCGCCCGCAUUGCCGCUUAUCCCAAAGAAGAAGCGCAAGGCACUCUUCUGGAACAAGAUUCCGGCCCACUCGCUCUCGCGCACGGUUUGGAACGACAUGCCCGAAGCAAGCGUGGAUGUGAAUCGCGAAAUCGAGCGGAUCGACGAACUGUUUUCCAUCGGAAGCAGGCCGGCGGCGGCGGUUCCUGACGCCAAGCAGACGGGCCGCAAAGCGAACCCGACGACGCUGCUCGACCUGACGCGUGCGCAGAACGUGUCGAUCGUGCUGACGCGGAUCAAGGUGCCGUUCCCGGAACUGCGCAUCGCGCUGCUGCAGUGUGACGAGACGAAGCUGAGCGUGGACAAUCUCAAGAGCAUCAAGUCGUGUCUGCCCACCACGGAGGAGCUGGAGCUGGUGCGCGACUACGACGGCGAUGUGGGCGCGCUGAGCAAGGCGGACCAGUUCUUCAAGGAGAUGCUGGGCAUCCCGCGGCUGUCGGAGCGUCUGGCGUGCAUGGUGUACAUGCGCAAGUUUGAGCUCGAUCUCGAGGAGCUCAAGCCGGACCUGCGAAUCCUCAAGCAUGCGGCGGACGAGAUGAACACCAGCGCCAAGUUUAAGAAGGUGCUGCAUACGGUGCUGACCAUCGGCAACGUGCUCAAUUCGGCCACGUUCCGUGGCGAGGCGGCGGGCUUCCAGCUGGGCGACCUGCUCAAGCUCAAGGAUACCAAGCCAUCGCAACCGAAAGCGGGGACGCCGACGCUGCUGCACUAUCUGGUGCGCGUGCUCAACCAGACGGACAAGACGCUGGUGGGCUUCCUGGACGACUGCUCGCAUGUCGAGGCAGCAGCGAGGCUGUCGACACAGGCGAUUAUGCAGUCGAUCGCCGCGCUGGUGGCGGGCCACGAGGCGAUGCAAAACGAGAUGGCGACGCUGGAUCGGAUCGGCAUCUCGUCGCAGAGCGACCGAUUCGUCACGGUCACCGCCGAGUUCCUGCGCCAGUCGGUGCCGCAGAUCAAGGCGCUGCAGCUUGCGGGGAGCACGAUCCAGACGAGCCUGAGCCAGCUGCUGAGCUACUUUGGCGAGGAUCCGACGCAGACCAAGCCCGAGGACUUUUUCGGGCUGGUGAGCAGUUUCGGGCAGGCGCUUAUGCGCGCAGAGGAGGACACGCUGCAGGCGGAUCGCAAGGCGGAGCUCGAGGAGCAGAAGAAGCAGAAGGCGGCGUUCGGCAAGGGUCUGUAUGGCAUGCGUAUCCCACAGUUCGGACCCGAGGUGCGCGGGCCGUUGGGCGUGCAGAAGGGCGAUGCGGGUGCGGCACCAGGCAAGGCGGAGGCGGAGGUGGGAGGCGCGGUGGGCGGACCGCAGCCGACAAGUGCGGAAGAGAUGCUCGAGGCGACGGACCAGCUGUCGCCCGUCAACGAGGCGACACCCACCGCAUCUCGCUUCCGGUCGUGGGGAGCGUCGGCUGCUGCGCAGAUGGCUGCGGAUGCCAGCCUUGCCAACGAGGGUGGCGACAAGACCACGCUCAAGGCGGAGCGGGGUGCGUACGAGGCCGGACGCCGGUCGUAUCGCGGACGCGGGCAGCUGGACGAAGCGAUCAAAGAGCUGCGUGCCGGCGCCGCUGGUCGUAAGCUCGCCAACGCCCUGGCGGCACAGCAUGGCCGUGAUGAGGCGGGAUCGUCGCCGAGCAGGAUCCGAAAUGUGGUGCGAAACUCCCCCGCCCCGGAAGUGGAGGAGGAGGAGGUGGAUACGGCAACGAUCGGACGCACGCGGUUUGGCUCGGUCGCAUCGCGUGCCGGCAGAGACUCGAUCUACGCCACCAUGUCGGCUAAUCCCAACGGCACCCUCAGCGGACGCAAGUCGCUCCGACUCAAACAGCCCACGCGCAGACCACUGUCCAGGGUCUUUAUCACCGGCGACCCCGUCAACCGCGACGAUUUUUAG